UAUGCACUAUUCCCAAAUACCUUGCUGCAAAGUAAGGUAAAUGCCAAUAUCACAGCAAGCACCUUAGAGAAAGGCAAACUGGACCUUAAUGAGGAACUCCACCUGGAUACUGGUAGCUCUAGCACAUCAUGUUCGGAAGAGCUUGGUAAUGGUGAUGAGGUGACAGUUGUGAGCAAUGGAUAUCAGUUGUGUCAUGCUGCCACUUUAACAGAUUUGUGUAAUAGUUGUGACAGUACAGAAGUAGAACUAGUCAGUUUAAUAGAAGAAAAAAUUCCACGUUACAGACUUCGCGCUGAUACUCUUACUCAAUUCUCAGGUUACGAAAACGAAGACUGGUUUAUUCAGACUCCUGUUCUUCCAGUCGACGAGGACCUUGAUCUGAGUCCUGACGUUAUCGAAGAGACGUUGAGAUACUUCGGUAAGAAUGCAUGUUUUUAUAUCUUAUUUAAUAAACAAUGAUAUAUAUAUAUAUUAACGCAUUAAAUUUUUAUAUUUCUCUAUAAAACUUCAUUAUUGCAUUAAU